GUCAACCUCCUGAAGGAUCUUGAUGGGAUGUCGGAGUUUGACCCUUCGAAAAACGCUCAUGAUUGGAGUGAGGCUGGGUUCCAGCUCUCUGUCUCGUUGUUGGGCAAAGACCAAUGUGUAGAAGCCUUGGAGGAUGCGAAGAAGGCAAGGAUUGCAAAGGGCAACGGCAGCACGGCCUUCUGGCAGAAGGCCUUGAAGCAUGUCUGCCAUGAAGAGUGCGAGGAGAUUGUGGAGGAGUUGGAACGGCGAAGUGAGGACAUCUGGCAGUUGGCCGGAGAGUUGCGGCAAGCCUCCUACAGCGAGGUUUGCAGCCUCUUCGUGGUGCGAAAGGUCGAGUCCCACAUCCUAGGCUGCUGCGGAGACAGCUGUGGCUGGGAUGGGGCGAAGUGUGAUCAGGCGGAUUGGAAGGCGGAGUGCUGCCUGGAGAAGAACAUCAUCCGAGGCUCUGCUCGCGAGCACAUGUGCCAAAGCGUCUUGUCAAGCCAGGCAGCAGAACGCUACAAGAAUCGAGAUUUGAGCACCAAUGACGAAGGCCUCGCGUCCUUCGUGGGUGAAGAUGAAGAACUUGUGUGGACAGCAAAGGCCAAUGAGUCACACCUUGGACAGGUGGGCUGGGCAGUUGAAGGCAAUGUGGUGAACGAUGGCUUUCUGCGUGUGCAGCCGUUGUCCAUACAAGAAGGCAUCGACAUGGGCCUGUGGAAGAUUCAGAAGAAGAAGUUGGACAACUCGCUCCUGCAAGUUGAGGGCUCUAGACGCCAUAGUGGCACCGAGGACAGCUGCAAAAUGGAAGGGCUGAAGCGCGAAGCAUGCCCAGCUUUCUUUGCAAAAGCACGCCUGAACACCUGUGCCGGCAAAAACAAGUGGCAGUACUUGAAGAAGCUGCCGAAAUGCGGUACUGAUCCCACACAAGUGCCGACCCCGGAUCACUGCUUCAAGCAGAACAAGGAGACGGCCGGGUACUUCCACUACGAAGAAUAUGAAGAAGAUCCCAUUCAGUGUUACACCUACGCUGAAGGCCAAUGUCGUGGGGCAGUGAGCCCACGCGAUUUUGCGAAGGACAAAGACGAAAUUGACGACGUUGAAGGAAUCAUUUUCUGGAUUCCGCAAACAACUGGAGCUUGA